AUGCCAGCUAAGGGAAAAUACUUCUUUAAUGAAAAUGAAGACUGCAAGAUAACAGAUCCACUUUAUGAGAAGUAUCGCUACACGAGCCAGCAGCACCCGCUUCUUCUCCUGCUGCUCUUCAUUGCAAUUACUUUCUGUAUUACGCUAAUUAUACUAUUCUUUACGGAAACACGUCCUCAUCUUGCUUUCAUUAUUACAGUAUGUACAGCUCUUGUAAUAUUUGCAGUCAUGUACUUGCUUGUGUGCAUUGAAUCCUUAUUUCGGAGAUGGCUGAAAUUAUUUGGGAUUUUGAUUUGGAUCUGCUUCCUGACCAUAGGAUAUGUGUCAGUUUUUGGAAGGGCAGAUACCCUUUCAUUCUAUGCAUGGGAACAGGUGCCAUUCUUCCUGUUCAUAAUCUUCACAGUUUAUACCAUGUUACCCUUUGGGAUGAGAGAUGCUGUCAUCAUCAGCAUCCUUUCUGCAGUGUCCCAUAUUGUAGCCCUAAGCAUUGCAGUGACACUAUAUUCUGAACCACGCCAAAAACUCACUACGUUUCAGUUACUUGCCAAUGCUGUAAUUUUUCUUUGUGGUAACCUGAUGGGUGCAUUUCACAAGCAUCGGAUGCAAGAUGCCUCAUGGGAUUUGUACAGAUACACUUUAAAGUGCAUUCAAGUCCGAAUGAAACUGAAGAUUGAAAAGAGGCAACAAGAAAACUUGCUUUUAUCUAUACUGCCAGCUCAUAUCUCAAUGGGAAUGAAACUAGCCAUCAUAGAGCGACUGAAGGAAACCAAUGACGAUAGGCAAAUGCAUGAUAACAACUUCCAUAGUCUGUAUGUGAAAAGGCAUCAGAAUGUUAGCAUCCUGUAUGCAGACAUUGUAGGAUUCACUCGUCUGGCUAGCGACUGCUCUCCGAAGGAGCUGGUAGUGAUGCUGAAUGAGCUCUUUGGGAAGUUUGAUCAAAUUGCAAAGGAAAAUGAAUGCAUGAGAAUAAAAAUUUUGGGAGACUGUUAUUACUGUGUCUCAGGCCUACCUGUGUCCUUACCGGUUCAUGCCCGGAACUGUGUGAAAAUGGGACUCGACAUGUGUGAAGCUAUAAAACAAGUAAAAGAAGCCACUGGAGUGGACAUCAGUAUGAGAGUUGGUAUCCAUUCUGGGAAUGUGCUUUGUGGCGUGAUUGGACUCCGGAAAUGGCAGUAUGAUGUGUGGUCUCAUGAUGUUUCCUUAGCUAAUCGUAUGGAAUCCUCAGGAAUACCUGGUCGUGUACACAUCACAGAAGCAACGCUAAAUCACCUAGGCAAAGCUUACGAAGUGGAAGAAGGGAAUGGACACCUGAGAGACCCAUACCUUGAAGCAAUGAACAUCAAAACCUACUUGGUGAUUGACCCAAGGUCUAAACAGCGUACGUUGAAUAAUCAUCUCCCUAAAACACGAGUGAACGAUGGGCUGAAGAUGCGAGCCUCUGUCCGUAUGACACGUUAUUUGGAGUCCUGGGGAGCAGCCAGGCCCUUUGCCCACCUGAACCACAGAGAAAGUGUCAGCAGUGAAUCAUCAGCUCCAACUGGGAGACAAAGAAAGGAGAUACCUUUGAAUUCUACAAGUCGUCAAAAGACUUCAGAUAGAAAUACAUCCCAGAAGGGAAGGAUGGAAGAAGAUACUUAUGAUGAAAUGAUGUCGACCAUUGAGGGUCUCAGUUCGACUAAACCAGGGUGUAGUAACUCAGAUGACUUCUGUGGAUGCUCACUGUUUUUUGUAGAAUCAGGAUUGGAAAAAGAGUAUCGCACCAUCCCCAUCCCCAGACUGAGGAGUUACUUUGCCUGUGCCAGUAUUGUGUUGCUCUGUAUAUUUGUGAUACAGAUGUUUGUCAUGCCAAAAACCGCAAAACUAGGACUUUCAUUUGGAAUUGUAGCAAUCAUAAUUGUGCUUAUUUUGUGUGUGUGUUUUGCUGAUAAAUGCCUGAAAUGCUGCUCAGAACAAUGGCCUUCUAUGCGCCACCUUUGUGCUAUUUCGGAUAAGGUAGAAACCAUGCCUCUAGUGAGACUCCCUUUAGCAGUCAUCACUAUAGGUGCAUUGCUGAUUAUUGCCAUUUUUAAUUUGGCUACUGAAAGAAGUACAGCUGUGGACUAUACUGAAUCCUGUAUUAAGGAUGUCUUCUUGCCUUAUUAUACUUAUUGCUGCAUAUUAGGGUUUAUUGCUUGCUCUGUAUUCCUUCGGAUGAGCUUCGAACUCAAAGUUCUCCUUCUGUCCAUCGCUGUUACUGUGUACAUCUUCAUCUUUAAUCCCUCAAAGAACGUGAGUGCAGGCUACAACAACACCACCAAUACCACUCUAAGGUUUUUCAUGAAAGAUCCAAUAUUGAUGACUAACUUAUACCUGGCUCUGUUUUACGUAACUCUGAUCCUAUUUUCAAGACAGAUUGAGUAUUACUGUCGACUAGAUUGCUUGUGGAAGAAUAAAUUUAAAAAAGAACAUGAACAAUUUGAAACCAUGGAGAACGUAAACAGGCUCUUGCUGGAAAAUGUCCUUCCGGCACAUGUUGCUGCUCAUUUCAUCGGUGACAAAUUAAAUGAGGAUUGGUACCAUCAGUCUUAUGACUGUGUCUGUGUCAUGUUUGCAUCAGUACCUGAUUUUAAGGUGUUUUAUACCGAAUGUGAUGUCAAUAAAGAGGGACUGGAGUGCUUGCGGCUGCUGAAUGAAAUCAUUGCUGAUUUUGAUGAGCUGUUGUUAAAACCUAAAUUUAGUGGUGUUGAAAAAAUCAAAACCAUUGGAAGCACUUACAUGGCAGCAGCAGGCCUUAGUGUCGCACCAGGCCAAGAGAACAACCAGGACCAGGAGAGACAGCAUGCUCAAAUUGGGAUCAUGGUGGAGUAUGGAAUUGCCUUGAUGAGUAAACUGGAUGGCAUCAACAGACAUUCCUUUAACAAUUUCCGCCUACGUGUUGGGAUAAACCAUGGGCCUGUAAUAGCAGGUGUGAUUGGUGCUCGUAAACCCCAGUAUGAUAUCUGGGGAAACACUGUCAAUGUCGCCAGCAGGAUGGAGAGUACUGGUGAACUUGGAAAAAUCCAGGUUACAGAAGAGACAAGCAAAAUAUUACAGGAACUGGGAUAUUCAUGUGAAUGUAGGGGACUCAUUAAUGUCAAAGGAAAGGGAGAACUAAGGACUUACUUUGUGUGCACAGAUACAGCCAAAUCCCAAGGUAUUGGGCUGAACUGAGUCUGUAACGAAGUUUGUCAAAAUGUGUUUUGAGCCACCACUUCCCUUCUGUGAAGUCUUAGAAUUUCCCUCCUUAUGUGAAGGAGAUUAUUCCAAAUGUAUGUGUACUAAUGGUUCCUCUGCAUCUCAAGGUAGGAGAGUGACUUUAAAAGAAGUCUGAAAGUGCCUAGAAGCAAUUGUUGGACUGCCUGUUUCUGGGAUAAUCUGAGGAUUUUUCUGGAAUUGUCUUGCAGCAUUUCCUAAUAUUUCCUUUCCUACA